AUGUUUGACCGACGCGUCGUCCUCACCUCCCCGCAGUCGACCGACAACUACUGGAACGACUACGGCCAGUCGUGUCGUCUCGACGCCAACGGCUUUGUCAACGGCUCGUGCGCCGAGAGCGAGAUGGCGACAACCACGCCGGCUGCGUGGACCGCGCUCGGACGUCACUUGGCGCUGCACUGGCAGCUUACGCCCGCGAGUGACGAGUGGUUUGUCACGACGUGCAGUGUCGGGCCUCCGGGUAUUCAGUGGGUCUUCCUCGUCUUCCUCGCGUCGUCGACAGCACACCCGCUCUGCGUCCCUACGACAGGAGCUCAGACCAUCGACGGUAUUGGCAAGCUCGAGACGACGAACCGGGAGGCAUACCCACUGGGUAUCUACGAGCUCUCG